GUUUGAAGACCAGCGAGCACUAGAAUAAUUCAAAUUCAAGGACGGAACAUGGAAGUUUCCAAAAAAUCAUUAGAAUGAUUGAAAUAAGUGACGAUAGUCGAACGAGACAAGGCACGUUCCGCAAAACUCCCACGUCCGGAAAUCUCUUGUAAAUUGUAUGUUUAUCUAGACAGUGGCUACUUCGACGACCGAUGCUAUAUUUAUCAGCAACAGUGCAUACUGGCGCGAAUCCUAAUAUUUAAUAUUAUUUACGGCGCGACUGUAAAAAGAGAAAAGAAGAAAAAGAUUUCCAGUCACGCCAACAUUCUUUUGCGUUGGCGUUGAAACUACGAUGUCUCGUUCGUGGCAUAAUUUGCAUCUCGAAUUAUAUUGCCAUUCAAGAAAAUACUUAUAUGACGUCAACUCAAUUCAUUCAUUAUCAAUACUUUUCAACUUCUUGACUAUUCUAACGAUAUGAAAAUUUAUUUGAUAUAUAACGUUAUCCUAUAAUGGAACGAACUUUUGGGAGUUGUUAUAAUGUUUCUUGAGAUAGCAUAUGCGUCUUCUAAGGACUUAUUUGUCAAUAAGUAGUUGCAACACGUUUUAGGAUAAACGAUGUCGUUAUAGAGAGACAUAUAUGUAGAUACGUCUGGCGCAAAGACCUAGGCCUAGUUCUUUCCGGUUCUAACCGAUUUCACCCCUUCGGGCGACGCGACUAUUUCUAGCUGCUUCUAUGUAGAUCCGCUUGUAAAUCGCCGGCGAAACGACAAAUUUCAUUGUUUCAUUAUCUUUAGGCAAUGGUCGUUCGUAUCAGAUGAUCGUGACUGUGAUAAUUUUGGCUAUUUAAAUUGUUGAAAGAUGCGAACCGAUCUCGAAGUAUCGUGACUAGAAAUUCGAUAUUUCUGAAUUCCAACACUCGAAGGAGCUACACGUAUAAACGCCAAUAGAGUUUCGAAAUUCUAUUUUACGAUAAGACGAAUGUGUACGUCAACCUACAAGGAUUGCUUUAAUUUCGUUUGGUCGAAAGAACUCGUUGCAACUCGUUUCAAGCUUAAAAAUCUUAAUGCAAUCUCAUAAUAGAAUUAAUAGAAUAAUCUUGAAGGAUAUUUUAUAUUCGUCAAGAAAGUUUAUAUUUCGAUUCUUCCUUAAAGGUCCAGUAUGUACCGUCUGUGAUCAUAGCAUGGUAGCUACAUUAUAUUUUUUCGAUAUCUCUAAAGAAUGCGAUACAUUUGCCAAUGAUAAAGGAUAGCCUGACGUUACGAUUUAUUUAUGAAAUGGCAAGACUGUACGUUAGUUUAUUAAGCACUAAAAUAUUAAUGUGCACUGUGCUCGAUCACAACGAUCGAUUAUGGUUGGACUUCGAACUAUGCAAAUGUCAGCAUAUUGAACUACCAAAAAGUUAGAAUUUAAGCACAACGUAAAGGGUAUGAAUACCCGUAUGAAAACGAAAAGGAAAAUGAGAUUUUUCUAAAUGGAUAAAAGAUGACCGUCUCUUAUCAAUACGAAGUUGCCAGCUCCACGAGCGGUGGAUUUACCAGACUUCUGCUUAUGUGGAGGGGUUCCCUCUACAAGCUUAUUUACAGAGAACUUGUACUUUUUGUGAUUAUGUUCGCAUCACUCUCGGCUAUUUAUCGUCAUGCUUUGACUGAUUUACAAAAGAGGGAAUUUGAGAAAUUCGUAAUAUAUUGUGAUACAUUCAUUAAUCUAAUUCCUCUUAGCUUCGUGCUAGGAUUUUACGUGUCCCACGUAGCUGAUAGAUGGUGGAAACAAUAUAAUGCGAUACCUUGGCCGGAUAAGGUUAUGCAUCUAGUAGCACUUUAUGUUAGCGGAGAUGAUGAAUAUGGUCGCAUGUUGCGGAGAGGUCUUAUGAGAUAUUUGAAUCUCUCUCUAAUACUUGUACUACGUUCCAUUAGUUCGGCGGUAAAAAGACGGUUUCCUACUCUUGAUCACGUGGUAGAUUCCGGUUUCAUGACUUCCUUGGAAUUGGAUUUAUUUCAGUCGGUACCGAGUCUCGAAUUCAAUACCUACUGGAUCCCGUGUACAUGGUUUAUCAAUCUGUUGAAGGAAGCACGUCGAAACCAUAGAUUGCCCGAUGCGCAAGGUUUAAAAAUAAUUAUGGAGGAAUUCAAUGAUUUUCGCUCUAAAUGCGGACUUUUAUGGAGCUAUGACUGGGUUUCCAUACCUUUGGUUUACACGCAAGUCGUGACCCUUGCAACAUACAGUUUCUUUGCAGUUGCACUUGUCGGUCGUCAAUAUAUCGAGGGAAAUGAAAAACAGUUUCAGCUAAAAGUCGACAUAUAUUGUCCUCUAUUUACGAUUCUACAAUUUUUUUUCUUCAUGGGUUUAUUAAAGGUAGCUGAACAAUUAAUAAAUCCUUUUGGCGACGAUGACGAGGAUUUCGAAUUGAAUUGGCUUAUCGAUCGUCAUGUCAAAGUGUCAUAUCUGGGCGUGGAUACUUUAAUGACUCGCUGUCCGCCUCUUGUAAAAGAUAUUUACUUUGAUGCAGAAAAUCUUAUCUUACCUUACACCGAAGCAGCAGCAGCAUACAAGAGGAAGACUUAUCGUGGCAGCGUUGCAGAUAUGCCGGUGCCAGAAGAGAAGCAAACAAUGUUCUUACCAGGAAUAAUGGAAGAAGAGGAAGAACCCAGAAACACACCUCGUACAUCGAGCGCUAGUUUAGUAACGUAUCCUGAUAGUCCAAUGACUGAAAAGCGCCAGAUCAGCGGCUCCCCUCAAACAACUCCAUCGAUGGUUAGUAACGCUAGUGAAACGAUUCUUCAGUUAGAUAAUCAAGAACAACAACAACAACAACAACAGUCUGAAGCUGAGCAAGGCGAUCAACAACGCGGGCGUUUGACUGGUGCGAUGAGAAAAUUUUCAGCUAUUGCUAGGCAUACGAAUCCACGAAUCGACUCGAAUCGAAAGCCUUUCUUUGCAGCAAUAAAAACACCCAAGAUAUGGCUGCAACCUUGGCCGAGUGCCACCAACUUAUCACGAAUAAACCGUCAUCGAGGUCCCGACACACCAGCACCAUUCAAUGCUCCUAAAAUACUAUGCGUUCCAUCGGCUUUACAGAUUUCAUUUAGCGACGAAACUGAAGAUCAAGAAAAUCGCGAAGGUUUUGACAAUUCUGCUUUCUUUCAUGAAGACGUUGACGAUCGGUACAUCGAGGAUCAGGACGCCGAUACGAUAGAGAAGUUGAGAAACGUUAAUCGAUUCAAACGUUUCGUUUUAACGGAUACUUCGGAAUGUUCAGAUGCGCAAAUAGAAGCAAUAGAUUUACCGCGUUUCAGAGAAACCAUAGAACAGAAAUCAGAAAGCUUUUUUAAGUAUCUUCCUCAAAGACAACGUUCUUCAACCGAAUCUAGUGAUAAGAAGGGUGUUCACUGGAGAAUAGAUGAGAGAAGACCUUCGUUGCUGGCUCGUCGGAAAACCAUUCACAGUGUCCCAACUUCUUUGCAAAUCGUCAUACCACAAGCAAGGAGUUCACCGAACUUAACCAAUAUAGAAGUUGAAGAGAAACAGAUGGAGAAGCUCGAUACUCCCGAUGAAUCUGAGAAGGAUACCAAACUUUAAAUAUCGAUAUAAUUCAUAUAUACUACAUAUUCGUGAGUACGAUAAAAUAUUUCAGUUUUGAUCGGUUUUUUCCGCCAUUAUUUAUGUUGUGCGAUGUUUAUAUACUGAUUUAAAUAAACUAAGUAUUAAUAUUAAUCUCUCUUCUUAUAGCAUUUGAUACAUUUGACGAAUGUUCUGCAAUAUCAUGGGAAAUAUUAGUUCAGAGAAAUGAUCAUGUUUACUUAUUUUUCCACUGGUUACAUAAUUUAUAAUUAAUAUAAUUUCUCUCUCUUUCUCUCUCUCUCUCUCUCUUCCUCUAUUUUUUUUGUUUUAAUAAAGGAUUAAAUUUAGUAUAUCUUACUUCGAUGCGCUUCUAGAUUGUAAUCAACAAUAGAUAGUAACAGAUAGUAAUAUCUAUAAUAAAAACACAAAA